AGUGUGGUGAGCGAGCCGAAGCGCGGGAAGCUGCUGUUGUGGAGCCUCAGUCGCGGAGGCUCGGUCACUCGGGUAGGUAAAGGAAAAGAUGCCUGCCACACGGAAGCCAAUGAGAUAUGGGCAUACAGAGGGACACACGGAGGUCUGUUUUGAUGAUUCUGGGAGUUUUAUUGUGACUUGUGGAAGUGAUGGUGAUGUGAGGAUUUGGGAAGACUUGGAUGAUGAUGAUCCUAAGUUCAUUAAUGUUGGAGAAAAGGCAUAUUCGUGUGCUUUGAAGAAUGGAAAAUUGGUCACUGCAGUUUCUAAUAAUACUAUUCAAGUCCACACGUUUCCUGAAGGAGUUCCAGAUGGUAUACUGACUCGCUUCACUACAAAUGCAAACCAUGUGGUCUUUAAUGGGGAUGGUACUAAAAUUGCUGCUGGAUCUAGUGAUUUUCUAGUCAAAAUUGUGGAUGUGAUGGAUAGCAGCCAACAGAAAACAUUUCGAGGACAUGAUGCCCCUGUUUUAAGUCUUUCCUUUGAUCCUAAGGACAUCUUUCUGGCAUCAGCUAGUUGUGAUGGAUCUGUCAGAGUGUGGCAAAUUUCAGAUCAGACAUGUGCUAUUAGUUGGCCACUGCUACAAAAAUGCAACGAUGUGAUAAAUGCAAAAUCAAUCUGCAGACUUGCUUGGCAGCCAAAAAGUGGGAAGUUACUGGCAAUUCCUGUGGAAAAAUCUGUUAAGCUAUAUAGAAGAGAAUCUUGGAGUCAUCAAUUUGAUCUUUCAGAUAAUUUCAUCUCUCAGACCCUCAAUAUAGUAACCUGGUCUCCCUGUGGGCAAUAUUUAGCUGCAGGUAGUAUUAAUGGUCUAAUUAUAGUUUGGAAUGUGGAAACCAAAGACUGCAUGGAAAGGGUGAAACAUGAGAAAGGUUAUGCAAUUUGUGGUCUGGCAUGGCAUCCUACUUGUGGUCAAAUAUCAUAUACUGAUGCGGAAGGAAAUCUAGGGCUUCUAGAGAAUGUUUGUGACCCCAGUGGAAAGACAUCAAGCAGUAAGGUAUCUAGCAGAGUGGAAAAGGAUUACAAUGAUCUUUUUGAUGGAGAUGAUACGAGUAAUGCUGGUGAUUUUCUAAAUGACAAUGCAGUCGAGAUCCCUUCUUUUUCAAAAGGGAUUAUAAAUGAUGAUGAGGAUGAUGAAGACCUCAUGAUGGCUUCAGGUCGUCCUAGACAGCGAAGUCACAUCCUAGAAGAUGAUGAAAACUCAGUUGAUAUUUCAAUGCUGAAAACUGGUUCUAGUCUUCUCAAAGAGGAGGAGGAAGAUGGUCAAGAAGGCAGCAUUCACAAUCUACCACUUGUAACAUCCCAAAGGACAUUUUAUGAUGGAUCCAUGCCAACUCCCCAGCAAAAGCCAUUUCAGUCAGGUUCUACACCCUUGCAUCUCACUCACAGAUUCAUGGUGUGGAACUCUAUUGGAAUUAUUCGCUGCUAUAAUGAUGAGCAGGACAAUGCCAUAGAUGUGGAGUUCCAUGAUACCUCCAUACACCAUGCAACACACUUAUCAAACACUUUGAAUUAUACAAUAGCAGAUCUUUCCCACGAAGCUAUUUUGUUGGCAUGUGAAAGCACUGAUGAACUAGCAAGCAAGCUUCACUGCCUGCACUUUAGUUCUUGGGAUUCAAGCAAAGAGUGGAUAAUAGACUUGCCUCAGAAUGAGGAUAUUGAAGCCGUAUGUCUUGGUCAAGGAUGGGCUGCUGCCGCUACUAGUGCCCUGCUUCUUCGAUUGUUUACUAUUGGAGGGGUUCAAAAAGAGGUAUUCAGCCUUGCUGGACCUGUGGUGUCAAUGGCAGGACAUGGAGAACAGCUUUUCAUUGUUUAUCACAGAGGUACAGGAUUUGAUGGGGAUCAGUGCCUUGGAGUUCAACUGCUAGAGCUGGGGAAAAAGAAAAAACAAAUUUUGCAUGGUGACCCUCUUCCUCUUACAAGGAAAUCCUACCUUUCAUGGAUUGGGUUUUCAGCUGAAGGUACCCCUUGUUACGUGGAUUCAGAAGGAAUUGUUCGAAUGCUUAACAGAGGACUUGGUAAUACAUGGACUCCUAUAUGUAAUACAAGAGAGCACUGCAAAGGAAAAUCUGAUCACUACUGGGUGGUUGGUAUCCAUGAAAAUCCCCAGCAACUAAGGUGCAUUCCUUGUAAAGGUUCUCGGUUUCCCCCAACCCUUCCACGCCCUGCUGUUGCUAUAUUAUCCUUUAAGCUUCCUUACUGUCAGAUUGCAACAGAGAAAGGACAAAUGGAGGAGCAAUUUUGGCGUUCAGUUAUAUUUCACAACCACCUUGAUUAUUUAGCUAAAAAUGGUUAUGAAUAUGAAGAGAACACUAAAAAUCAAGCAACAAAAGAGCAACAGGAACUUUUAAUGAAAAUGCUUGCGCUUUCUUGUAAACUGGAGCGAGAAUUCCGUUGUGUGGAACUUGCUGAGCUAAUGACUCAAAAUGCUGUGAAUUUAGCGAUUAAAUAUGCUUCUCGCUCUCGGAAAUUAAUACUGGCUCAAAAACUUAGUGAACUGGCUGUAGAGAAGGCAGCUGAAUUGACAGCAACCCAGGUGGAAGAGGAAGAAGAAGAAGAAGAUUUCAGAAAAAAGCUGAAUGCUGGUUACAGCAAUACUGCUACAGAGUGGAGCCAACCAAGGUUCAGAAAUCAAGUUGAAGAAGAUGCCGAGGACAGUGGAGAAGCUGAUGAUGAAGAAAAAUCAGAAAUACAUAAGCCUGGACAGAACUCGUUUUCCAAAAGUACAAAUUCCUCUGAUGUUUCAGCUAAGACAGGUGCAGUUACCUUUAGCAGCCAAGGACGAGUAAAUCCCUUUAAGGUAUCAGCCUGUUCCAAAGAACCAGCCAUGUCAAUGAAUUCAGCACGUUCAACUAAUAUUUUAGACAAUAUGGGCAAAUCAUCCAAGAAAUCCACUACACUUAAUCGAGCUACAAAUAAUGAAAAGUCUCCCAUUAUAAAGCCUCUGAUUCCAAAGCCGAAGCCUAAGCAGGCAUCUGCAGCAUCCUAUUUCCAGAAAAGAAAUUCUCAAACUAAUAAAACUGAGGAAGUGAAAGAAGAAAAUCUUAAAAAUGUAUUAUCUGAAACCCCAGCUAUAUGUCCUCCUCAAAACACUGAAAACCAAAGGCCAAAGACCGGGUUCCAGAUGUGGUUAGAAGAAAAUAGAAGUAAUAUUUUGUCUGACAAUCCUGACUUUUCAGAUGAAGCAGACAUAAUAAAAGAAGGAAUGAUUCGAUUUAGAGUGUUGUCAACUGAAGAAAGAAAGGCAUGGGCUAACAAAGCCAAAGGAGAAACGGCAAGUGAUGGAGCUGAAGCAAAGAAGCGAAAACGUGUGGUUGAUGAAAGCGAUGAAACAGAAAACCAGGAAGAAAAAGCAAAAGAGAAUCUCAAUUUGCCUAAAAAGCAGAAACCUUUAGAUUUUUCUACAAAUCAGAAACUAUCAGCUUUUGCAUUUAAGCAGGAGUAAAAGAAGAAAGUGACCCUAGGAAAGUAAUGGAUUUUUUUUACUCAUCUUUGAAUAUAGACUUGAGUCUUUGGGAAACUCAUUAUAUAUUUUUUAAAGAGUUUGAAGUAACUGUUUGUCUUUUUAAGAUAAUGUAGUAAUUAUAUUGGUAUAGGUAACAGGGCAUAUGUAAAAACUAUCAUCUUUGCAGAUUACUCUGCCUUGCCAGUCUCCUGCCUCAGCCUCCUAAGUAGCUGAUUUGUAGGGCCUUUCAGAGAUGCAUUGUGAUUGUAAUUACUGAGUUGAAGCUACAACCAAUUUGAAUUUGUUUCUUAACCUUGAAAAAUCAUUAAAGCCAAGGUAUUAAAACCUUUGUGCAUUAAUACCUUCUAGGGGUUUGGUUCAUUUGGUUUUUGUCAUGUACAAAGAAGGACAAUAGUCCUCUUCCCAAGUGUGUUAGCAUAGACUUCUCUAUAUGUUUCUACUAGACCUAGGGGAUGACGUCUUUUAAUAAUACUGACCCUAAACAUGUAAAUAAUCUUGUAGGUGAGACUUUUGUGUUUCGGAAAUUUCUUCCUAUGUGGCUUUCAGUUGUCUGUUUGUGUAGCCUGGAUUUUUUUGAGAUGAAUGAAACUUUCUCAUUUGU